AUGGAACUGUCCUCCUUGUGUACGAUCAUUACAACAACUUCUCCAACACCAUCCAACCCGUCGACAGAGCUGAUUUGCUCGACUCUGGAGAGUCUGGAGGAAUUUGUUCCUGAUCUGUUGCAAUGCCGUCAUAUUAUUGUUUGUGAUGGCUUCAGGGUUGCCAGUGACAGCAAGUUCCGCAGUGGUAUUGUAACAGAGGAGAGAGCAAGGGCAUACGAGCAGUACGUGGCCAGCCUCGAGAUUUUCACAAAGACGAAACCAUCGCCACUUUGGUCAACUGUGGAAGUCUUGCGUUUGGCAGAGCGGCAAGGGUUUGGAUUUGCGGUACGAGCAGCAUUGGAUCUGGUCCACACGCCGUUUGUUUGCAUCAUGCAGCAUGACAGGACGUUCAUGCGAGGGUUCCCUCAUGUGAAGCCACUGCUGAAAGCGAUGAUGCAGAAUUCUAGCUUGAAGAUGGUGGGCUUGCCGACGACUACGAACGAUCCGACGCGCUAUGUCAUCCAAGCUGUGACAAGGCUUGGGGAGAUGAAGGUUCUACACCCGCCUUUCGAAUCGUUGAUAGUGACAUCAUCUGAAUGUCCUUCCCUUCGGUUUAUCCCGAUGAUCAUGUGGCAUGACUCCACGCAUUUCGCAUCUACAAGCUACUACCGAGACUUCGUCUUUGGUCGACGGCACUUGGUGAGCCGUGGGGGGUUCAUCGAGGACAAGCUGGGCCAGCAGCAGGGAAUGGACUUGCGAUCACUGGGCUGGAGCAGCCACCAACACUAUGGGACGUUUUUGUUGGAUGAUGGGGAAACGGCGCCGGCGCGAAUGGUUGGGCACUUGGAUGGUAAGCGCUACCUCCGACAAGAAGCAAAGAUUGCCCUAGAAGCUGCCGAGCGGGCGAAGGCUUCUUGCACACCCCCGCCUGUCGAUGAUACUUCUGGUUUGGUUGUGGACGAGAUCGCUUGCGCCUGUAGAUACUAUAGGCUGCAUCGUCACCAAUCGUAA